ACCUCUUCUUCAAGUCUACCACACGAUCAGGGGUCGUAGGUCAAACAUGGCUUCUGAUACCGGGCCAGGUCAAAAGCCUCAGUAUGGGUCAAAUAGCAGUGCUGCCAAGUUAUGGAUGCUAAUCAAUGUCAUCACCUGUGUGUUCUUCACACUAGCAGGUUUAGUACAGGUUAACGAUCAAGACCCAUAUGUUUGGAUGCCUGUAUACCUCGUACCUGCUCUUCUCUGUUUCUCUAUCGUUUGGAAUGCUGAUAUAGUUGAGAAGAGUUGGUGGAGACUGAUAGCUAUCGUUCAUCUUAUUGGUUGCUUGAUCUGUACCUGCGUCUUAGGAGGGACGGUUAUUCAUUACAUGGAGGACAGAUUGAUGAACCCACUGAGAUAUGAAGAAGGAAGGGAGCUUAGUGGUGUCUUAAUUGUUGAUGUGUGGUUAAUAAUCUGCUUAUGUCGCUGUUGUGGAGUAGUUAAAAGUGGCACAUCAACUGGUCAGAUCAGCGUGGUGAUGUGGUUGGCACUCAUUAUCAGUCUUAUGCCUAUUGUCUUCUGGGGACUCUGCUGCUUCUCGCGAUUCAAUCACUGCUCGGACAUGUGGUGACUAGUCCCCUCCCCUGGGGCGGGUUAGAUAGAAACCUGGACCAGGACCAAGACCAAGAACUAUUCCUGAAAGUAACUUCAUAGUUUGGACCUGUCAUCAUAGAUAUGAUCAUCGGUCCUAUCCCAAGAGUAUUUUGGGGACUGUGCUCAUCAUGU